GGACUACUUUGAAGUUUCAGUAAGUGACGCAUCUUUGAUUUGUUCACUAUAGUAAAUUAUUUUCCUCAUUGUAAGCAAACCAAGCCCAUAUUUGAUAAAAGUUCACUUAACUUUGUGUUAUUAGAAUAUACGUUGAAGAGGAUUACAUUUUUGAUGUUCCAUGGUGUUGUGUGAAAGUACUAGAUAAAUUAAUUUCUGAUCUCGUUAUAUCGUAACCGGCUUUCGAAUAAGAUGUGGAAAGCUUCAACGGGCGUGACAGCUCCGGCUCCAGCGGAAGCAGAUGACUGGGAAACAGAUCCAGACUUUGUUAAUGAUGUGACGGAACAAGAACAACGAUGGGGUCCUGGUGGAAGACAUGUAGAGGCUAUUGACAUGGCUAAGCUCAGAGAAGAAGUGUUUGAAGCCGAUAAACAAGCGAAGCAGAAGCAAUACGAAGCGGGUCCAAAGUCAUCAUAUGGAUAUGGAGGUAAAUUUGGCGUACAACAAGACAGGAUGGACAAGUCGGCCGUUGGUCACGAUUACGUCGGUAAAACAGAGAAGCACGUGUCGCAGAAAGAUUACGCGCAAGGUUUUGGAGGUAAAUUUGGUGUGCAGACGGAUAGAAUGGACGCUAGUGCCGUGGGCCACGAUUAUGUCGGUAAAGUUGAGAAGCACGCUUCGCAGUCGGAUUAUGCCAAGGGUUUCGGCGGCAAGUUCGGCGUGCAGACGGACAGGGUAGAUAAAAGCGCGGCGGGCUGGGAGCACAAGGAGCAGGUGGAGAAGCACCCGUCGCAGAAGGACUACUCGGUGGGCUUCGGCGGCAAGUUCGGCGUGCAGGCCGACCGCCAGGACGCCUGCGCCGCCGGCUGGGACCACCACGAGGCCGCGCCGGCGCACGGCUCGCAGACAGACCACUCGCGGGGCUUCGGCGGCAAGUUCGGCGUGCAGAGCGACCGGCAGGACGCGUGCGCGCUGGGCUGGGAGCCGCGCCCCGCGCCGCCCGCGCACGCCAGCCAGACCGACCACAAGCGGGGCUUCGGCGGGAAAUUCGGCAUCGAGACCGACAGGGUGGACAAGUGCGCGCACCGGUUCGACGAGGUGGAGAGAGUCGGCAGCGGCUACACCAAGCAGCGGCCGGACAUCGGAGCCGCGAAACCGUCGUCCAUCCGCGCCAAGUUCGAGAACAUGGCCAAGGAGAAGGAACAGGAGGCGCUACAAUCGGUUCAGCGGAUAAGACAAGAGAGGCAGCAGUUGGACAAGAGUCUCUCAGAAAAGGAAAAAGAACGCGUGGCGAAGGAAAAAGACGAUCCAGAAGAGUUUAGGGAAGAACAGCCGAGCGCAAACGCAACAAUCGCUCCGACAAACGCAACAAACAUACCGACAAACGCAACAAAAGUCAUGCCGACGAACACGAAAAUGAUGACACCCACAAACGCAUCCACAAUCAAGAAGACUGAAGAACAAAUUAACAUUACACCAUCGACAGCAGACGAACCAAAGAUUCAACCGACGGAAGCGAAGCAAGUCAAUCUACCGGAUGUAACUCUAGUCGGGGAACCGAAAGAAGAGGAAGUUAAGGAAAAGGAAGAAGUGGCGCGCCAGCCCACCAUCGUGGUGUCGCCGGUGGGCUGGGAGGGGGAGGCGGAGGCGGAGGGCGAGGACGAGGACGGCUACACGGCGCGCGCGCUGUACGACUACCAGGCCGCCGCCGCCGACGAGAUCUCCUUCGACCCCGACGACCUCAUCACCAACAUCGUCAUGAUCGACGAAGGUUGGUGGCAAGGCUUGUGCAAGGGCGCGUACGGACUGUUCCCCGCCAACUACGUGCAGCUGCAGGACAAAUAACUUCAUUAUCAUUCGUUCACAUUCCUUUCAUUCGACUGUAUAAUUGUAUUAUACUUGUGUACGAUGUGUUUAAAAUUGUGUCUUAAUAGGUAACCUUCUAAGGUUUUUGAAAUCGAAAAAAAAUGUAUAUUGUUUUUUUUUUAUUUGAGACAUUAAUGUUAGUUGUUAACUGACCAUGGCUUAAAAAUUUAAAUCGAUUAUAAAUUUUAAUAUGACAUACGUUAAAACGAUUAGAGAUUUAUUAAAAAUCGAUUUAGCAAUAAAUAAAUAAACUAUGUAUUAACGAAAUUGCGUACUUUAUGAACGUAGAGAUAUUUAAAGUCAAAAAUAUGAAAAAAAAAAUGUAAACUAUUAAUAUGGAGCAAAUACGUUUCGAUGCGUCCUUCUAACGUUGUCAUAAUAUUUAACGAAUGGUUAGUACAUCAAUAAUCGAUCAUUUUGAAUUACGAGUAUCUUUCCUAUUCAAGUCACACAUAAACGCGACUUCGAAACUUACGUUUUGUUAUAGGGACGCUUUUCAGUUACGACUCGUAGACAAUUCUUCAAUCUGUAUACAAAACGAAUCGCUUAUUGAAUAUCGUAACCAGGCGCUAGUCGACUCGAAAUUGACGAAAAAAUAUUUUUAAUAACACUUGAAUUUGGAAAAUGAACUUUAACAACAAAAUCAUAAGAGCGAUAUUUAUUGGUUUAGAGUUUAAUGAUAAUUAUUAUUGCUUUUCUUUUUAGUCAUGAAAGAUGUAAAAAUCUGAUUCAAUAGUGUCGAGCGAAUUUGUACUUUAUUUAGUAAAUAAUAGGAUUUUUUGAAUAUAUUUUUUUAAUUAUAUACGAUCAAUACACUUUGAUCGGCUAGUUUAACUGACAUAAUAACAAAGGAUGCUUUUUUAAAUACAUUUUUCUAUAUUAUAAAUAAAGGAAUAUAAUUAUAUAUUCCAAACAAUUUUAUCAUUUAUAUAAUAUUGUAUAGAAUUUUAAAUUUAAUUCAUACUUAUAUUAAUGCAUAGUCUAUAUACAUUUCGACAAUACAUAUUUUUUAAAAUACAUAACUAAAUACUAAACGCUCAUUGGUCGUCUAUCGCGUCAUCGGGUGAUUUUAACCAAUCAACAAACAGAAGUCAUUUGGUAUUGAAUUAUAAUAAACUAUAUAUAUUCGUUAACUAUGGUUUCUCCAAUCUCCAAAAUGUAUGGAAAUAUAUUCAUAUAAUUUUACAUAUGACAAUACGUUAAAAAUGUUGUAAGAAUUAAGCUUAACGCUGGUUUUUGAAAUUAUGAUCAAUGUGAGAUUUAUUAAUCUGCCUAAAUACUAAACGUUCAUUGGUCGCCUGCCGCGUCAUUAGCUGAUAUCUACAUAUCACAAUUAAGUUUAAAGUUGAAUUGAUUAAUCUGACUUUGAACACCGUCUCAGACACUGGAAGUAAGUAUAUUAGAAGAAGCUAGUUUUGUAGUAAGUUUAUUGUUUUUUUAACACAAAACGCAAAUCGAAUGUUCUAGAUCGGAGGCGUAGAUAACGAUUAUUUUUCUAGAUAAAUAUUAAUGUAGAAAUUAAAAUAAAAUAUUUAAUUCUAAUUACAAUAAAUAUAAUGACGUGACACGUCUAGAAAAAAUAGAACGCAUACUGGUAUUAUUGAUGUAUGUUACGUUAUAUAUAUCAUAGAGGAAACCGUCGUCUUAAAAAAUGUCGAGGAUUUCUUGAUAAAUAAAACAAUAAAAAUGAUAUAAAAUGAAAGAAAAAAAUGUUCUUACUAGUAUAUCAUACCAUUCUCAAAUAUAUUGUCAUUUCUUCGACGCCAUCUUGGAUUAGAAUGAAUACUUUUACAUCAACCUUAAAACUUAUAUGUACGCUCAAUAAUAUAUAACUAUUGCAUACGAGAUGCUCACUACGCGACCUUAAUACUUUUAGAUGAAUGAAUUAUUUCGAUUUAAUGUGGUUAAUGUCAUAAUCUGUUCAGUCAUCGUUCAUUCAUUUAUAAUUUCAGUCAAUCAUAAAAAUUACUGAAUAUUUUGAUAAUGAACUGAUUCAUCACUCAUUAAGUCACAAAGAAACUUAAUAACAGAACUAAAUAUAAAUUAAUUCAUUACUUCAUUCGUAGAUAACUAAAUUAUUAUCAUAUGCUUUUAGAUUAAAAAAGUGUUGUGAAUAUACUGCCUGUAUAAUAAAAGCAUUUCUGAAAUGAAUGGACGCGAUCUAAACUAUAUUUCAACGAAGAGUGAGGUGACAUUUAAAGAGGUUUUAAUGUUGAAAAAAAUCAAUAAUAAUUUUUCUAUAUACAUACAUAUUUUUUGUAAUUAUUAAUAAGGAUCGAUGUCUUGAUAUUAAUAAUAGAAAAUUAGGAAUUGUAAUGAAUACAAUUUCAUCAUUUAUAUUGUUCUUUAAGUUUGAAUUUAUAUAGUCUGUUUCAAUUUUUUUUUAAAUAUGUGUUUACUAUUGCCGACAAAUUAAAAAAAUAUAACUAAGGUAGCAUUUUUUUAUUUUAUUGUACGAAUGGACAUUAUUCUAAUUUUAUAUAAUACGGGUGCUUAUAAAUCAAUUUUUAUAAAUAUCAAAAGAAAAUCAUCAUUGUUUAUGGAAUUGUUUAUUUUUUUUUUAGAUGUAUUUGAAACAGAUUAUAUAUUUUUAUUUAUAAAUAGUAUUUUUUGAAUUUUCGUAAAUGUAAUAGCUAUAUUUUAAUGCUUAUUUUGCAUUUCUGUAUAUUCGAUUUUUUUUUUAGUAUUAUCGUUAGGAUAAGCAAAUAUCGUUAAAGGUAACGACACAUAUGACAUGUAACCUCAAUGUAAGGAAUUAACGAUGAACGUAUUGCCUAAUUGUAAGUAUUUUAUGGACAAAUUAUUUUAUUGUGAAAGUUAAUGAUGUUUUAAACAUUUUAUAUAAUAUAAAUUAAUUAAUAAAAUGUUAAAAAUGUU